AAGUGAAGUGGGUAAACAAGCUUCUAGUCCAUCUUCCAGUGUAAUAUAAAGUCUAUUUAAAUCAGUUGAGUAUAUAAUCAAUGAAAUGUAAAGUCCUCAAGCUGCAGACAUACCAAAUAUUAAAGUGACAAUAUACUGCACUUGGUCAUCACUAGAUCUUAGUCUGUAGUCUGUUGGUAGGAUUGUUACAACUAUCUUUUCAGUUAAGUAGUUAGAAGCUGGACUUGUCUAUGUAAUGCUUCCCUUUUUUGAAGUUAUUUUUCAAAAAUUAUGAAUUCUGCUUAAAGACUGGAUCUGAAUCUUGAGGCUGUAUAAGCACUGUUAAAUGUCAAAACAGAUAGUGGAGGCUCUCAAAUCUGUCUUAAAAUAUCUCUGUUGUCGUCUUCUUUUAUACACAUAGUUUCCUUUUAGAGUUUUGUUUCAGAAUAAUUUUCAGAUUAUAAAAUUAUGAGCUUCGUGAGCUGAUGCUUAAAGUAUCAGGGUUGAAGAAAUACCUGUCUGUGCCUGCAGAAAGGCACUGGGAGGAAAUUUAAGGCUCUCCUAGUGAGUCUGUAAUAACAAUUCGCCUUCCCAGUGAGUCUGCAAUAUAAUUUCUUCUACUUCUGGGAAGGAAAUAGACAAAAAAGUUUGUUGGAGGAAAUUUCAGUGGGAACAGUGAAGUCAUUCCGCUUAACAGAGUAGGGAAAAAUCGAACCUGUGCUAAUGCAGUUGGUGUUCACAUUAAUGCUCAGAAGCUGAAAAUGACUGAAAAAAAGGAUGAUUGUGUGGUUAAAGCAGUGACGCCUGACUCAGGAAAUCUGAGUUCAUUUCCUGGCCUUGGUAUCUCUUUAGAUUUGCGCAAGAGAUUUAAUCUCUCUGCUUGCCUUUUUUUUUUUUCUUUCUUCCUGUACCACAGGGGAGUAAUAAUGCUUCAGAUUGUUCUAAGAAUAAAUGCAUUAACGUGGUUGAUCCAUUUAAGUUCAGGCAAAAAGACAUACAAACACUUCAGUUCUUGUUCCCUUAUUUUUUACAAAAGGCCUUUUGGCUAUCUACAGGGCAAGCAGAGUAUUCAUGCCCUGUGUCUAGAAAGGUGAGGAGGCACCUGUAGUGCCUGGGCUAACCUCUGUACGCAGGUCUUACACCCUGGCAGCGCACCCAACUUUUAGUCAAGAAGUAGUGGCAGAUGAUGCUUACCAAUUACAGGGGGGUUGGUUUUCUCCUACAUGAACAUAGCUUGAAGCUACUGUACAGCUUGCUUCCUCUGGGAGGGCUGGUGAAGGAGGCAGGCAAAAAUGUAGAAAUAUUGGCAGCCAAAACUUCUGAGAAAAAUGAAACUUUGGAAAUCUGAAGUUGAAGCACAGCAAUAUAGGUGCUGAAAGGCUAAGGUGACACACACAUGAAGAUUCCAAACCAUGGGAGAUGCUGAAACACAAGCCCCAGACAAGCGCCAAGGUGGCUAGGAAAAGCAUUGUGGUAUAAAAACUGAGUGAAAUGAUCCUGAACCAUCUCAUGUAACCACAGGCAAGUAACUUCCUGAACCUCGUGGAAGUCCUUGAUGUUCUGUCAGUGCCUUCUGACUUCUGGCACAGGCAGAAAAUUGGAAGAAAUCAAACUCGCAAGUCCUUGGACGAGAACUAGCGUGGAGAAAGCCCGGUCUCCUGUGGAUUUGCAUGUAGCUGUUGACUGCAAGAGUCCUUCCAGGCUUUUCAGGUAGCUGGCACACUGGUGAAGCCUGUUUCCCCUGUGAGUACUCUCCAUGUCCCAGCACACUCGCAACGUUUUCAUCAAUCACAUUUUGAUUUGUUUCCAUCAACGGGCACACCAAUUGCAAGGGCACGCUGGAAAACGCUGCCAGCGACCCCGUAGGCCUCAUGUCCUUGCGAGCCCCGGGCGACAGACGGAGCUCGCGGGCAGCGCUACCGUGAGGCGCGCCCGUCCGAGGCGCCAUGUCGCUGGCGGCCCCGCUCCGCGCCGCCGCGCCGCAUCACCCCUUCGAAGGCGAAUGCGCGCGCACGGCGCCCUAACGGGCGGCGGGGCGGGGCGGGGCCCAACGGCCGGGCGCGCUGACGUCAGGAUUCAAGCACCCUUUAAGGACCAAUGUACCCCAUAGCUCAUGGAAGAAAAAAAUCAAAUCAGGACAUCCUUGGUUUCCAGGCUACCGAAAUAUGGAACAAAAACUUUAGGAAGUGUUUUGCAACCUGUGCCAAACGGGACAGCUGUUAGUUUAACAGGGAAUAAUGGUGGCAAAAGUUUCAGCAAGCACAAUGGCACUGUUCGCAUGUCUUCCUUUUCUUUCAACUGGAAAAAGUCAAAUAAAUAUCAACUUCAUGAUCAAAAUGGGAGAGACACCAACCCUAAAAAUAACUGUAAUGAAAAAUUAAUUGAUUCUGAGAAGUAUUCUCAAUCUCAAGGAGCAUCGGGUAAUGAUGUGCUCAGGGUGGGUUUAAACAGUACUGCUUCGAUUACAUCAAAAGCAGCAAAACAAACCAAUAUGUUUGUAUCUUCUACUGAGGAAUUAAACCCAAAGUCUUUGCCUGGACUCUCUAGUUCAGCAAAAUUUGCCAAAGGUGCCCUGUCAGGAAGGACCUCGUAUUCCGGACUCAAUGCUCCAAAAUCCCAUUUAAAUGGAUUUUAUGGAAACAGGACGGUGGUAGGUUUGCAGAGACCUAGAGCUAAUUCCAGUUCCACAAGGACAAAAUCAGGAGAAGGCUUGGCACAAUCUACAGACAACAGCAAGACUUUUUCCUGUGAAAAAAUGGUAAGAUCACAAAGUUUUUCACAUUCCAUUCAGAAUUCUUUCCUUCCCACUGCAUCUUUAACCAGGUCACAUUCUUUUAAUAAAGCUGUGGAUCUUACAAGGCCUUAUCAUACUCAAAAUCUAGCUGCCAGGACAUCUCAGAGGUCAACUUUGUUGUCAAGAAAUGCAUGUCAGUUGGAUGUACCCAAUGGAAAUGAACCUAUGAAGUAUGGAUUUGCCAGACCUUACUCUGGUAUGUCGGCUCCUUGUUCGAAGAAGCCCCCACUAUCAAAUGGAUCUGGAUCAGCACCUUCUUUUGGAUACAGAUUAAGUCGGCCUUCUCUGCUGAAGCCUACCCGGCAGCGAUUUGCUGGAAAUAUCGAUAGCAGUAAAAGUACAACUCCUGACACGUGCAUCAUGGAGAACUCUGAAAUUUCAACAAAUAGAACAAUUGAGAAAAACAGUGUUAUAGAGAGCAAUGCUCAAAGAACAGAAUCUGAUGAGGGUUUGCAUGAAAGUAUGGGAAAACAUGGGUCAAAAGUCAUGUGUAUGAGCGAUGAUGGAGAUGAAAUAUCCAUAUCUUCUUUGUCAUCCUCUGAAAAAAUUGAUCUGAGUGAAGACUUCAGUGAUGAUUUCAUAGAUAUGGAAGACCCAAACAGAACUAUACAAAUACAGCAAAAGGACAACCACCUUCAAGAAUUAGAUCAUGGGAAUACAAUGUCAGUUGAACCGUUCAUUUCUCUCAAGGAAAGUGGAGGAUCUUGCUGUAAUGCUGAUGAGUGGCUUGAUAUAAAUAUGUCUGCAGUGGAUGACAACAGUGAAAGCACAAAGCAUACUGCUGAGAAUGUGAUUUCUCCAGAGAUGAAUUACAGAGCUGGAUCCUCUUUUGAGCUUUCUCCAUCUGAUAGCUCCGAUGGCACGUAUAUGUGGGAUGAAGAAGGGUUGGAACCUAUUGGAAGUGUCCAUCCAUGUGGAAGUUAUGAAUCUUCAGAAAUGAACAGCAUAGAUAUCUUGAAUAAUCUGGAUUCAUGUGAUCUUGAAGAUGACGAUCUCAUGCUUGAUGUGGACCUGCCUGAAGACCCAUCUCAUGAUAAAGAGGAAUGUGAAAAUAUGAGCCGUUAUGAUAGACAAGACAGAAAUGCUAGGCAACAUCAGGAAGGAUUCUGGAAAAGAGCACCACAGCAGCGAUGGAAUACACAGGAUCACUAUCAUCUUGGCCAUACUGAUCACUAUAUCCAUGGUAAAAAUGAUUUAAACAGAGGAUCAAACUACCUAGAAUCUCCUGUUGAUCACUUUGAAAGCUAUGGAGCACCAAAUUUUUACCAGGCUCCUAGACAGGUGGUGGGCUUACCAGAGAAUACUGUGAUGCUUGAUGAAAUGACCCUUCGGCACAUGGUUCAAGACUGCACAGCUGUAAAAACUCAGUUGUUGAAACUGAAGAGAUUACUCCACCAGAAUGAUGAAAAUAUGUCACUCCAGGAUAUUCGACUCUCAGUUCCAUCAAGUCCAGAACUGCAAGAACCUGAGUCAACUUUUAAGAUGGACGAUCUGCUGAAUGAGAUCAGGCAGCUUAAAGAUGAACUGAAGAAAAAGGAUGAAACAAUCAACCAAUUAGAGCAUCAACUUGCUACUAGAUGUAACUGCCAGAAAGACAGUCAAAAACCUACAGGGGCAACACGCACGUAUGCUGAUAAAUUUACGCAAACCUCCUGGAGGAGAAGUUCUCCUCAAGUACUACAGCCUUCCAGCAGCCUUCCCAGUUCCACAGACCUCGCCCAGGGAAAACUAAUAAAAAUGCCACAUAUCGAGGCCCACAGUGAAUAUCCUAAACAUGGUCUGCAUGAAAAUAGUAAUCAUCAGAAUCAAAAUGCUGCAGAUGUCUCUCUCACAAAUAGCCUCAAUAAUGUAAACUCUUUAGUGAGCAUGCAGUUAAACAUGAAAGAUGAGAAUGCAUCAUAUUUGGAAAAUUUGAAAAACAAAAAUACUGAAGACCAUGGAGAGGUGGCUAGUAAUAAAGAAGGUACAUUACUAUCUCGUUCCUGUUUUCAGACCUCCACACAAGCUGAUGCUAGAGAGGUGCAGACUGAAUUAGCUGUGAAAGGUCAACCCUCAUUCACAAACCAGGCUUCUCGGCCAAAGACUUUAAGAAUUGCAAAGCCCCCAAAUGCUUUAGUGCCUCCUACGAUGGCCGUUCUCGCACCAUCUGCAAACCAUUCUGCUGCUUCCAAGGAACGUGAGCUUCUACCAUUAAGUAGUUCAGCUCAGCUACAGCCAACAUCUGGUCAGGAUAACCUAAAAGGUAAACAGAGUCAGAAAGUGUCUAAACUCCGCCCACCAACUACGUCCUUUGUCAAAUCUAAGCAAGUGAGCAGUCAGAAAUCCACACCAGUAUCCACAGAGCCUCAGAACACCUGUUUGAAGACUAACAUCCCAAAGCCACCGGUACAGAGAAAGGAAAACGUUCAAACACAGAAUACCGGUUUGCAUUCUGGGGAUAGUUUGUCCUCUAAUCGGCAUUCCCGCCUCCCUAAACCAAAGACACACUGAGAACAUACCUACAUCUCAUUGAAUGAUGCCAUACAUUAAACUACUUCCUAUGUUACGACUGCCUUUGAGGCUGCUUUAUCUUCAGCCUGCAAAUCCUGAGUGAAUAUUAAAAGCAUCUUUCUUUAAUGUUUGCAUACUCAUCCUGAUAUUCAGAGGCUUAUGUUAUGAGCUGUGCAGCUUCUCUAUAUUGCAGGUCUGUAUUAAAGCUUGUUAUUUCCCAGUGAUCUUAGGAAUGAAACAAAUACCGAAGUCUGUGGUGGCCACAAAUAACAGAAUGCUGCACUAUUGUAUUUCAGGAUGGCAGAAAUAAUUUCUUACCUCUGUUUAUUUGAGUUAUGAGACAAUGAAAUUACUAUUUGUUUUAUCUUCUUGGUUCUGAGUACUUGCUAAGUUAGAGCAGUGGAAGAUUAGACUUGCUAGCAGAUGUUUUAUUGGCCAUAAUUCUGACUCUGUAUUCCAGAGGCCUAUGCAAAAAUCCUUGUAUUUAUCUUAAGACUGACAUAUUUAAUGUUAUUUGAUCUGAUGGGUUGGGUGGGUUGUGUUGUUUAGUUUUGCUGUAAUCUGAAGUUACUCUGUUCUUUAUUUAUCCUGUUUUCACUGUUCACAGACAAUAAGCAGAUUUCACAGGGUGAAGUGAAUCUUCUCUCUUAAACAUCAUCAUUUGUUAAAAUAUUGUGGUAUGUUUUUAUUCUGUUGAAUAGACACAUUACCGGGUAGAUUUUUGAAAUGCAGUGCUAAGGAUACUUGUGCAAAACCUUCCAAAAUAGGCUCUUACAAUUUGGUAAGUAGGGAGCCUUUGGGAAUAAGGGGUCCAUAACACCUGUGUCAAGGUUGCACAACAUGCAUUUUAAUUAAUAUUUUUUAACUUUUAUUGUACUACUUGUAUUUAUUGAUUUCUGUUUAACAUUGAAAGACUCUGAAGUACCUGACUUGAAUUUUGCACAAACUUUGCCAUAUGUGUAAGAAUUUGAAACUAUUUUACAGAAUAAAACUUGUAUGAAAAAGGAACUAUUUAUAAAAAUAUGAACCCCGCUUAUUUGCUUUGAGCAAUCCUAUUAUGUUCUAGUCCAGAGCUGGUACUCUUAAGAGUUUUUCAGAGAUGUGUAUUUUGGGUUUGGGUUUUUUCUAGUUUGUUUGGGGUUUUUUUGUAUUUCUGAAGAAGUGCGUGAUAACUGGGAAGGAGCUUUUGGGAGAAAUAAAAAAACCAAACCACCACAACAAAAAAACCCCACACCACCCUGCUCUCUAGGAGAAAUGUUAUUUCUGAAAGUGAUCUGGAAAUAUAUGCCCAUCGUGGUGCAACUGUGGGACCAUGACAUUUGUGCUGUGAGUUAAAUAUGUGCAUAUUCAGUGAAGCUUUCCAGAAACUUAAUGUUAUGUCUCAUCUCCAAUUCUCCCUUCUUUCCUCUGGGAUGUUACUGAUUGGUUUGGUUGGGGGUUUUUUGUUAGUGGUUUGGGUUCCCCCCCCCCCCUUUUUUUUCCUGUUCUUGGAUUGGUUUUAAAAUCAAUGGUAGUAGGCUCUUACAAUAACUUCGCUCAAAAUCAGUUCUUGAACAGCAUACAAUGUCAGUAAAAUGAAACAUAUUUUUUCUAGGCUUUAGCUAUAGGAUGUUGAGAGAUUGCAGUAUUUUCUUUGAAAGAAUUAAAGUGAAUAGGUAUAGAUAUUUCAUAAAUAAAUAAUCAACUUCUGUAAUAUAAGCCCUUUAAAUAGGGGUAUCCUCAUGGAUACCUUAGUUGGAUGGGAGAAGGAAAAAAAUAUAAUUCUCACCUGAAUUUCUCAGUACAUAAUGAAUAUGCAAGAAAGUUUUUUGAUUGGUCACACUGUAAAUUGUUUUAUCUGACAAUUAAGUGGAAAAAUUAAAAGCCUGGGAGGAAAAAUAGGUAUAGAGGAGGUUCUAUUUCAAAACUGAUUAUAUCAAUCUGAAAUAAGAGACGUGCAGGACUUUCUGUUAACUGGGGCGAAGACAAUGCGAGCAAGAAGUAAUAAAGGUAACGUUACAGUUGAUACAGGAUCAAAAGAACUACAAUUCAAGAUUGCUGUAACAAUUAUUCUCCAGGAAAAAAUCUUUCCUUGAAAAGCGUUGAAUUAGAUGGCUUUUGCUGUAAGUAUUUACUUUCAAUAAGAAAAUAAAACUGACUUUUAGCUGGUCUUGGCAGCUAACUGUGUUUCUUGGGAGUUUAAAACUGCUUGAGGGAAUGAUCAGACUCCUGGUUCGUUUUCUGGUCCAUAUAGAUUUCUAUGGAAGGUGGGUUUUUUUACAUUUACUUUCCUUGAAGAGAAGCUGAUUUUAUUUUUAGUUGUGUAUGAUUUCGCGUAAAAAGAUUAUUUUCACUUAAUGCUAUUGACAGAUAUUUCACCAUGAAUACUUUUGCUUCUUGUUCUAGAAGUAUCAGCAGCCUGAAUUAGUGAUGUUAAAAUUUUUAUGUUUACAUUUAAAAGUAUAGAUAUCUAUCUGUCUGCACCUUUACUGAAAAUUAAGGAACAAAGCAAAGAGAUGAUCAGGGUUUUCAUAAAAAAGAUAGUUUGUAAUUAUUUUUUUUUCCAGAAAAGCAAAAAUAUAUUUAUUCUGUUGUGGUUUUUCUUUUUCUGUGUUAAAGAAGAAUAAGUAUAUUAUAUUCUUUUUUUUGUAGCAUUUCCCCAUUUUGUUCUGACAGAUUAGUGAGACAUUGAGCAGGAUUUUGUCAUGGAUGAGACAGAUGCUAGCCUGAAUUGUAUUUGUAUUCAGCUGCUGAGUUCGCAUCUCUCUAAAGACAGCUACGUAUUUUGGCUCUUCAGACUUUACCAGAGAAGGCUCUGUUGCAUGUAUAGCAAGUCCAGAGUAUGAGCAAAGCCUGUCAGUAGAUGGGCAGCUGAGACAGAAAAAUUGAAGUUUGAAGUUUCACUUCAGUGAAGGACAGGGGUUGGGAGGAGACGGGUAAGAGGGCUCUGUGUAGAGCUUGUCAAAUGGGAUUAAGUAAGUAUUUUCAGGUAAUGUAUCUACCUUAAUGGAAGGUGCAGAUACAUCAUCAGUACUGGUGCAGAUUAUCUUAAAUGCAUAAAUUAAAUUAUUUGAUACCUUUAGGGGGUUUUUUGUUUUUUUUCUUUUAGGUUUCAAAAACUGGUUUAUUGCAUUUUUUUGUUUGAUUUCUCAUUCUUUUGUGCAAUAUUCACAAAAAUAUUAAACUACUGUUCAGUCUGUGUGUACAGAGGCAACUACGCAUUUUAACAAAUGAAUAAACACACAAAAAAACCCCAGAAUUGCACUUUAAAUGAGCUUAAUUGCUUGAAGUUGUGCCUAAAAUAAUCUAGAUGCCUCCUGCUGUGUAGUGUUGCUGUUUCCAAGGUAUCUUCACAUCAUUUUCACAGAAUUGAUAUGCACUGCAGCAUGUUUAAAAAUAUUCAUAUAGUGUACUGAGUUUUUUGUCGUGCAAUAGCUUAAUUUUACUGUGGAAUUUUCAUACUGAUGAUGCAACUGGAUUAUUACCUUCCCCUUCCCUAAAGCUAGCACUUCCUACUGCAAAUCAAGGCCAAUGGCAAAAGUUCCCUAGGACUUAGCAUAACCCUUAGAGAAUAAUGUUCCCAGUGUAUGUUUUUGUUUGAGAAAAGAAGUGCAAUAUUAUCUCCUGGACCUUCUCAAAAUAAUCACAAAUGCCCUGAAAAUCUAAAAUAGCACUGACCUUUUUUUCACAUAGUUGCAAAAAAAGAGGGUUCCUCAACUUUACAUCUCAUAGCAGUGAGACUAGGCAUAGUAACUAGACUGCAUCAUAGGUCAAUAAAAUUCAUUUCAUCCUUCAACUAAAUGCUGAUUUGUUGUAAUGAUGCUAGAAAACUGAAUACCAUGUGCGUGAUUUACUUUGCAUGUCAUACCCAUGUGCACAUUUUAAAGUGUCAUACUUGAGUAGGUUGCAUGUUGGGGGGAAGUACUUCUGGUUUUGCACAGCACAUAAUAUUCCUAAUAUAGACAUUUUCUUGCCAUACAAAUGGAAUCCGUUCUUGAAUUGGGCUUCUGUAGCUAUUCUUGAUCUUGUUGCAGUGCUUUUUCUGAGCAGAGUGGAUUUAAUACAUGAUCCUGGUGGUAGGUCUCAGUAUAGUCAUCUUACAACUAUGCUAUCAAGGAAAUUUAGUCACUGUUGUGGUAAAGCUGCUCACUGCCUACGUAACUGUAAAAGCACCACAAUAAAAACAAUAUAAUUCCAGUGUCAGUGAACUCUUAAAUUCAAUACUAGCUAAAACAAGAGGUACCCUUACUAUCUGCUUCAUUUGUUUUGUUUUUUAACCCAGGCCAGAGUAAAUACUGUAUAUUGGAUAUUUGCUUGUAAAGUUGAUUAAAAAAAUCUGUAUGUAAAAAUUCUUUCCUCAGUGUUGCUCUAGUGAAUAAAAAUAAAAGUCAUAAUUCUAAUAAGUA